AGGGGCUGUCAUCAGUGGCAGCAAGAAGAACGGCCUGCUCUCCAUCACCCUGCAGUCUGUGGAGGACCUUCUUUCUGUACUCCGAGCCUGGUGCCUCCGGACCUCCUCCAACCCCAAGGACCCCACGCUGCUACGGCUGACCCUGCAGUGCCUGACUGCAAUGGUGCAUACCCUCCACUCCAGUAGUCCUGCAGAGCGCCGGCUGGAGAUCAGGACCGUGUUGGAUGGCUACUUCCAGGUCCUGAACUGGAACCGGCCUCCAGGGUUAGGGAACGAGCAGGAGGACGGGCAGAGCUGGGAGGAACACCUCAUCACUCUCCAGAGUCACAUGCUGACUUCAGUGCCUGAGAUCCUGCAGUGUUCAGACAGACCGGUGCUGCAGGCCAUCUUCCUCAACAACAACUGCUUCGAACACAUCCUCCGACUCAUCCAGAACAGCAAGGUUUUGGAGAAAGGUUCCGACUGCAUUACAGUCCAUGCCCUCGGAGUCCUCACAUCCAUCAUGAGUAACUCCCCUUCUGCCAAGGAGGUUUUCAAGGAGAGGAUUGGCUACUCCCAGCUGUUUGACGUGCUGAAGAGUCAGGGUCAGCCCACUAAACGCCUGCUGCAGGAACUCAUGAACAUGGCGGUGGAAGGGGAACACGCCCACACCCAUCACCUGGGUGUCAGUAACGACCAGCCCCUCCUCCUCCUCCUACAGUGGCUGCCUGACCUGGCCCCCAGAGGGACCUGCAGCUCCUGGUAG